AAAAACUCUUAAUGUAUCAGCAGAUCUGAUCGGAGUAGUAAAAAAAACAAAUAAACAACACACAAAACUCAGAAAAAUUCAUAAACUCGAUUCGAAAGCCCAGAAGCUUUCUUCGUAUUGAAGUGGGAUUUGCUUGUGAGUUCAUCGGAGAAACGAGAUCGGGAUCCGCAUACGAGUACAAUGGAGGCUUUGCAAGAUGGAUCGGAGAGAGAUAAAACUCCUCCGCCUCCUUCUUCUUCGUCUUCUUCCUCCUCUCCCAUUCCUGUCGUCACCAAUUUUUGGAAAGAAUUUGAUCUGGAGAAGGAGAAGAGUCUGCUUGACGAGCAAGGGCUUCGAAUAGCUGAAAACCAAGAAAACAGCCAGAAAAAUCGGCGUAAGCUUGCAGAGAGCACGCGAGACUUCAAGAAAGCGUCGCCUGAGGACAAACUUAGUAUGUUCAAUUCUCUGCUCAAGGGAUAUCAAGAAGAAGUAGAUAAUAUUACCAAGAGGGCCAAAUUUGGGGAGAAUGCUUUCCUAAAUAUCUAUCAGAAGCUCUAUGAAGCACCAGAUCCAUUUCCUGCUCUUGCCUCUAUUGCUGAGCAAGAUCGUAAAUUAUCUGAAGUGGAAUCUGAGAAUCGAAAAAUGAAAGUUGAGCUUGAGGAAUUUAGGACAGAAGCAACUCAUCUGAAAAAUCAGCAGGCGACAAUAAGAAGGCUAGAAGAACGGAACCGCCAGCUUGAGCAGCAGAUGGAAGAAAAAAUCAAAGAGGUUGUUGAAAUCAAGCAACGAAAUCUGGCUGAGGAAAACCAGAAAACGAUGGAGCUUUUGAAGGAUAGGGAGCAAGCUUUGCAAGAUCAGUUAAGGCAAGCAAAAGACAGCGUCUCCACUAUGCAAAAAUUGCAUGAGCUAGCACAGAGCCAACUUUUUGAACUCCGUGCUCAGUCAGAUGAAGAAACGGCAGCGAAGCAAUCUGAAGUUGGUCUAUUGAUGGAUGAAGUGGAGCGUGCUCAAACCCGCCUCCUUACUCUUGAGAGGGAAAAGGGACAUCUGCGUUCUCAGCUGCAAACAGCUAAUGAAGAUACUGAUAAUAAGAAAAGUGACAAUGUUGAUUCGAAUAGUAUGCUGGAGAACUCUUUAACUGCAAAAGAGAAAAUUAUUUCAGAGCUUAAUAUGGAGAUUCACAAUGUUGAGACAGCUCUAGCAAAUGAACGAGAAAGUCAUGUUGCCGAAAUAAAGAAAUUCAAUUCGUUGCUCAAUAAAAAGGAUACUAUCAUUGAAGAGAUGAAGAAAGAGCUUCAAGAAAGACCAUCAGCUAAAUUAGUUGAUGAUCUGCGCAAAAAAGUGAAAAUUCUGCAGGCUGUAGGUUACAAUUCAAUUGAGGCUGAAGACUGGGAUGCUGCUACCACUGGUGAAGAGAUGAGCAAAAUGGAGUCGCUUCUUCUUGAUAAAAACAGAAAAAUGGAACAUGAGGUCACUCAGUUAAAGGUUCAACUUUCGGAGAAAACUUACUUGCUUGAAAAGGCUGAAGCCAAGGGAGAGGAACUGACAGCUAAGGUUAAUGAACAACAAAGACUGAUACAAAAGUUGGAGGAUGAUAUUUUGAAGGGUUACAGUUCAAAAGAACGAAAAGGUGCUCUGUUUAAUGAGUGGGAGUUCUCAGAAGCAGGUGUGGCCGAGCAGUCUGAGCCUAUGGAUCAGAAGCAUGUUCCAUCAGACCAAGAUCAGAGUUCAAUGCUUAAAGUUAUCUGCAGCCAAAGAGAUCGGUUCCGAGCACGAUUACGGGAAACAGAAGAGGAGAUAAGGCGAUUAAAAGAGAAGAUAGGCUUUCUCACAGACGAAUUGGAGAAGACCAAAGCUGACAACGUCAAACUCUAUGGAAAAAUCCGUUAUGUCCAAGACUAUAACCAGGAUAAAGUUGUUUCACGGGGAUCAAAAAAGUAUGUAGAAGAUCUUGAAAGUGGAUUCAGCUCGGAUGUCGAAUCAAAAUACAAGAAAAUUUACGAGGAUGACAUUAACCCUUUUGCAGCAUUCUCUAAAAAGGAAAGAGAGCAACGUAUUAAAGAUUUGGGAAUCAGAGAUCGGAUUACACUCAGCAGUGGUCGCUUCCUUCUAGGAAACAAAUACGCAAGGACCUUUUCUUUCUUCUACACAAUAGGAUUGCACGUACUUGUCUUCACUUGUCUCUACCGUAUGUCAGCUUACAGCUAUCUCAGCCAUGGAGCAGAGGAGAAUCUGAUGACAGAUGCAACCAUAAACCUCCCUCACGCCUUGUUGAAAAGAAGAAAGUCUUCAUGAUACUGUUGGAAUGUCAGACAAAAUUUCUGCUCAAGGAGCCUCUAAAUAAAUGGACAGAACACUAUGAACACUUUGUAGAAGUCCCUCUAUGAAGAAGAAGAGGGUCGUGAGCAAAAGCACAUAUGUAUCAGUACAGUGUCUUCACAUCUGUGAUGGUAGCCAAAAUAGCUUAUGCAGUUGAUUUAUUUAAAGGGUAUUGGUAAACAUGCAAUUCAUGGAGAGAACAAAAAAAAUUUGGUAAUUAGAGUGAAAAUUAUUCUUUUCUAAUACGUACGUGAAACUCUUUAUAUAGCUAUAAACUAUAUGGCAUGUGAUAUACAUACGAAUGGGUUAUGUAGUACAGUAUGUGUAUUAUAUUAA